CACUGAUCUGAGCAGGUUCACAUAAAACCUCAAAGUCCACUACAGCCUAUAUGGGACAGAGGAGGGAUGUAGGGUUUUUGCCUUAGGCAUAACAUACAUGUGAGAGAUUUGUUAGGAUGUGUCAUAGCCAAAAGGAAUCUCUCCCACUGCUUAGAAUCUGCAUGUUUUGGACAACAGUUAAACUAUUUAUUUUGUAUCAGUAUAAAUCACCCUUUAUUUGGUGCAGAAUGAAGGGCCAUGCUAGCAGUUUACUAUACCUUUACUCUCAAAAAAUUCCCUAGCCAAAACACUUCCCUAAAAUCAGCUAUUUAAUGCAGCCCCUUUGCCAGUCCAUUGCUAUGGGAACUCAGUCUUUCAUUUAUUUACAAAACCAGCCAUAUUCUUGUCUUGUGUGUGGAGCUGAAAUUCUAGACUUCUGACAGAAAAAUGUUCUUGCAGAGUUUUCCUGAUCAAGACGUACUGGGCCAGGCUUUCGAAGAUGCACUAGAAGUCCUGCAGCAGCAUUCUGACAGAGAAAUGCAGUAUUCACCAGGUUAUAAAAGUUGCCUGACUGUGAUCAACCAUCACCACCACCUCCGAGCAAGUCCCAGCUACUCUGCGGCACCAUCUACAGAGGAGCAAGGUUAUAGCUGGAGAAAUGUGAUUAACAGUGCAGCGGAUUUUUAUGCAGAUGAGACUGUCUACCAUAUGCUGCAGAAUACUCCAGAAAGCCAAGUGAUGCAUGCUGCCGCGGGCCAACCAAAAGCAGGGAAAGAGACUGAAACAGAAAGUGCACCACCACCUCCAGAACAAAAAACACCACAGGAUGGUGGAACUGGAAAGGAUAAAGACGAAGAUGAUACUUCAGUUAGUACUCCACCAGCAGAUGGGAUGUCUAAGCCAGCAGAAAGAAAAGAUUCAGUAUGGUCUAUUGGAGAAGGAGCUCCAGAAGAAUCAGAAAAACGUGAUGAUUCCCAAAUGUCCACUCUAUUCGUUGAAAAACCUCAGAGUGGUUCAGUGAGUGUUGGUGGAAAUAUUACAUUUAUAGCCAAAGUAGAAGCCAAAGAUCUUCUUCGAAAGCCAAAUGUUAAGUGGUUCAAAGGAAAAUGGAUGGACCUGGCCAGUAAAGCAGGGAAGCACCUGCAGCUGAAAGAGUCCUUUGAGCGUCACACUAAGAUUCACACAUUUGAGAUGCAUAUCAUUAAAGCUAAAGAGAACUACGCAGGGAACUAUCGCUGUGAAGUGUCUUAUAAGGACAAGUUUGAUAGUUGCUCUUUUGACCUUGAAGUUACUGAGUCUUCCCAGGCUGCCCAAUCCAUUGACAUCAGAUCUGCUUUCAAAAGAAGCGGUGAAGGACAAGAAGAUGCAGGAGAGCUUGACUUUAGUGGUCUCCUGAAACGUAGGGAGGUUAAACAGCAAGAGGAAGAACCUGAAAUAGAUGUGUGGGAGCUCCUGAAGAAUGCUAAUCCCAGUGAAUAUGAGAAGAUUGCUUUUCAGUAUGGUAUCACUGACCUGAGAGGCAUGUUAAAGCGUCUGAAGCGCAUGCGCAGGGAAGUGAAGAAGAGCGCAGCUUUUGCCAAAGGUCUUGAUCCUGCAUAUCAGGUGGACAAAGGAGGUAAAGUAAGGUUCAUGGUAGAGCUCGCAGACCCAACAGUGGAACUCAAGUGGUAUAAAAAUGGCCAAGAAAUACGACCAAGUGCAAAAUACAUUUUUGAGCACAAGGGUAACCAGAGAAUUUUAUUCAUCAAUAAUUGCACGAUGGCAGAUGAUGCUCGCUACUACGUAACAGCUGGUGAUGAGAAAUGCUCCACAGAACUGUUUGUGAGAGAUCCUCCAAUUUUGGUGACCAAAGGCCUGGAGGAUACCAGUACCUAUGUUGGUGAACGAGUAGAACUGAGCUGUGAAGUGUCUGAGGAAAAUGCAAAUGUGAAAUGGUUUAGAAAUGGUGUAGAACUUAGCGAUGAUCCUAAUUCUCGGUAUCGAAUCAAGGUUGAGGGCAAAAAACACACUUUGGUCAUAGAGGAAGCUGCGAAAAACGACAAUGCAACUUACUCAGUAAUGACAACUGGAGGCCAGUCAGAAGCUAAGCUUUCGGUUGAUUUGAGACCACUGAAGAUUUCACUUGCACUCGAAGACCAGACUGUGAGGCUUGGACAGGAAAUCCACCUGAAGUGUGAGAUAUCUGAGAACGUGGAAGGAAAAUGGUACAAAAAUGGUCAACUAGUUGAAGCUAGUGACCGUGUAAAGCUUUAUCACAAAGGAAGAAUCCACAGAUUUGUUAUAGCAAGUGCUGCUGUUGAUGAUGAGGGUGAAUACAUGUUUGUACCAGAUGCCUACAAUAUUAAUAUUCCAUGUAAAGUACAUGUUGUGGAUCCUCCUAAACUCCACCUGGAUGGUCUUGGGGAAAAUAACACUGUGACAGUAGUGGCAGGAAGCAAACUAAGACUUGAGAUCCCCAUCACUGGCGAGCCAACUCCAAAAGUCGUGUGGAGUAGAGGAGACAAGGGGAUCACAGACAGUGGAAGAAUACGGGCAGAAACAUACCCAGACAGCAGCUGUCUGGUCAUUGAUGCAGCUGAGAGGGAAGAUUCAGGUCCUUUCAGAAUAACGUUAAAGAAUGAGGCUGGAGAAGACACAGCUCUAAUCAACAUUAAAGUGGUUGAUGUACCUGAUCCUCCUCAGGCACCAAACGUGACUGAGGUGGGUGAAGACUGGUGUGUUAUGACCUGGGAACCUCCAGCAAAUGAUGGUGGAUCACCCAUCUUAGGAUAUUUCAUUGAAAGGAAAAAGAAACAAAGCUCCAGGUGGAUGAGGUUGAAUUUUGAAUUGAUAAAAGAAACAACUUUUGAGCCAAAGAAGAUGAUUGAAGGUGUUGCUUAUGAGGUCCGUGUAUUUGCUGUCAAUGCAAUAGGCAUUUCCAAACCAAGUAUGCCUUCAAAGUCCUUUGUUCCUUUGGCUGUUACUAGCCCACCAACUCUCCUGGCAGUGGACGGAGUGACUGAUACCUCAGUUACAAUGAAAUGGAGGCCACCAGACCACAUUGGAGCAGCAGGUUUAGACGGCUAUGUUGUAGAGUACUGCUUUGAAGGAAAUGGAUUCUCACAAGGUAUAUCGACAGAUCUGUCUGAGGAAUUGUUGGAGCCACCUUUUAACGUGGAAGCUGAUGAAUGGAUCGUGGCUAACCCGGAGCUGACAGACAAAACAAAAUUUACUAUCAAUGGCCUGCCAACUGGCUCAAAAAUCCUUGUGAGAGUAAAAGCUGUGAAUGCUGCUGGUGAAAGUGAGCCUAGGUACCACCCACAGCCUAUUUUAGUCAAGGAAGUGAUAGAACCUCCAAAGAUUCGUCUACCAAGACACUUAAAGCAAACCUAUACUCGAAGAGUUGGAGAAACUGUGAAUCUUGUUAUUCCUUUCCAGGGAAGACCAAGGGCAAAAGUAUCAUGGGAGAAAAAUGGUUCUCCAAUUGAUAAGAACCAAAUCAACAUCCGCAACACUGAAAGCGACACCAUCAUCUUUAUCCGAAAGGCAGAAAGGUGCCACUCUGGAGAAUAUGACAUGAAAGUGGAAGUAGAGAACUUGGUGGACAAAGCUACAAUAGAUAUUCAGAUAGUUGAUCGGCCAGGCCCACCAGAGAUUGUAACGAUUGAUGAUGUCUGGGGAGAGAAUGUAAAUUUGUCAUGGAAGCCACCAAAAGAUGACGGCAAUGCUGCCAUUACUGGCUACACUAUUCAAAAAGCAGAUAAGAAGAGUAUGGAAUGGUUCACAGUAAUGGAGCACUACCACCGCACCAGUGCCACCAUUAAUGAGCUCAUCAUAGGAAAUGAGUAUUACUUCCGUGUCUUCGCUGAGAACAUGUGCGGCCUCAGUGAGGAUGCAACAAUGACCAAAGAGAGCGCUUUGAUUGCAAAGGAUGGUAAAGUCUACAAAUACCCAGUUUACGAUGAUUUUGACUUCACUGAACGACCGAUGUUUACUCAGCCUCUAGUCAACACAUUUGCUGUAGCUGGUUACAACGCUACUUUGAACUGCAGUGUUCGGGGCAACCCCAAGCCCAAAAUAACCUGGCUGAAAAACAAAGUCAUUAUAAUGAAUGACCCAAGGUACCGAAUGUUCAGCAACCAAGGUGUCUGUACCUUGGAGAUCCGCAAACCCAGUCCCUAUGAUGGAGGUACCUACACCUGCCGAGCAGUCAAUAAACUUGGAGAAGCAGAAGUUGAUUGCAAACUGGAAGUAAAAGUUACACAAUAAGGAUUUUUGAAUGUAUAUUGGCAUCUAAGGUGGGCUUUCGUUCUUCAGACUACUGAUGGAUGGCGUGCCUCCCCAUAUCAUUGAUUCAUACAUGCGUGAAGUACAGGCAGACAAAACUGAGGGGAAGUGAGAGUCCGUCCACAGUGUUUCCCCCCACUGCACUGGAAAUUGGUAGCAGAAUUACAGCAUUUUAGUUCUUGCAAUGACAGAACAAAUGUGUGGUUGGGGAACUUCUUUUUUUUUAUUUUUCUUUUUUUUUUUCAUUUUUCUUUUUUUUUUGUUUUGUUUUGUUUCUUAUUUGUUGUUUUCGUUUUCCCUACCUGCUCUUACUGAAAAGAAAGAAUACGCAUGGAUUGCUUUGGGUUGAAUUGAAAUGAACUGAAGACAACAAAUGUUCUGUAAUGUUCAGCUUUAUUUUCUGUUUGAUACUGUGUUCUGUUUUUUAAUGAAGAAAGAGGAGAUGCUGUGUAAUAAACCUGAGGAGGUAGUCAGAGUUUGUACUUGGUGGUACAAAGCAUAUCUUUCUCAGACUGAAAGUACACGGAUUAGCCAGUAGCUGUGCAAUAAGACCCUUGGAAAACAUACCUCUUUGAUAAUGUAUCUUAUUCACCUGAGAAUUGUUUAACAGAAUACAGUUUUACUAUAACAUACAUAAUGCAUAUGUACUUAAUGAUCAUUUAUGCUGAAUAUAUCUUCCUUUAGAAGUUUUGGUUUCCUAAAUCCAACCCAUCAGUCUCUCAACUGAACUGAAAUUGUUUUAUUUAAUGUACAAUAAAUAUGAAGUGCUUUAAGUUCUAUCACACUCUUGUUUAGUACCUUUUUAGGCUUUUUUUCUGGCUCAUGUUACCACAUUUCUUGUUAAUUUCCACAUACUGUAAAGCAGGAACUCCAGCCCACCACAGUGAGUGGAAAAAUGUAUCACCUGUCACCAAAUCCAACGGGCUUACACUUUAACAUACAUGACAUAGAAUGUGAGUAAAGAUAAACACAAUAGAUACAUAAUUUUGUAUCUAUGUAUUUUCAAUAUUUUAAAUAUUAUAAACGCCAAGCAUGACAGCUUUCCAUCAGUCUGGAUCUGCACCCCUUC